UGACGGCUGUUUAUUUGUAUGUGUAUAAGUGUGAGAGCACAAAAUUCUAAUCGCUCCAUCUCUGUUUCUUUAGCCAUCUAAGAGAGAGUGAUAAACAUAUUAAAUACUUGCUUAGGGUUUUGGUUUUGGUUUUGGUUUUCGGUUUUUAUUUGUGAUUGAGCUGCGGCUGUGAGAGAUACGAUCUCAUGCUCACACCGCCACCGUAACCGGCGGCGGGGGCCCACACUUCAAUGUCUCCCGUUGAAUCGUUUGAUCACGCCGUCCACUCACGUCCGAAGCGUAAGUUGGACGAUUAUGCCCCUAACUUAGACGGUGACGAUGACGACGCGGAAACAUCUGACCUCGUAUCCGUGAGAAUGCGAAAAGACGAACCUAACGCCGUCCAUCAGUCCUCCGACUUGAGUGGCCCAAUCGUGUCGGAUGCAGCCGAGACCAGUUCCGCUGAGUCAAGAACGACAACUAGGUCUAGACUUCAAUUUUUUAUUCGGAUGUUAUCGGAGGGUAAUACUAUAGUUAUUCAAGCUAACUCAAACGACACCGUUAAGUCAAUUCACGAGAGGAUUCAAGUGAUGACGGGGAUCCCGGUCAUGGAGCAACGGUUAAUUUACCGGGGAAAGCAGUUGCAGUGGGAACAGUCGUUAGCGGAGUGUUCGAUACAAAACGACGCCGGGUUACAGCUGGUAGGGCGUAUGCGAAGCACGGAACAUCCACAAGCUUGGCAAGUGAUUGAUGAUAUGGUAGGUGUAAUUUGUCGGCUUUGUAAAGGUGAACUGGUACAGUCCUCAUUAAAACUCAUAAAAUCUCGAAUGACUGAGUUUUUUGCAAUGACACCAAAAGAUGAUAAUGAUUUAGCAAUUGGUUAUCUUCAAAUAUUUAUGUAUUCUUCUGCUCCGGCUGCGUUGGUAAUGCUUUAUAUGUCACCAAUGAGUGGUAACAAAGAAUGUGCUGAUAGUUCAAUUAGGCAUUUUCUGAAUUCCUGUAGAAAUGCAUUACCCAAGAAUUUACAUACGCAAUGUGCACCCAUAGUUCUAGAGUUCUGUAAAUUGCUUAGGAAGUUUACUCCUGAGGAUACGUUGUAUUUAGCAUGCCGGAGUACAUUGGGAUCAUUGUUGGAGAAUUUUGGUGGGUCAUUGUGGGAAAAGAUUGGUGUCUUGCAGGCUACAAAGUAUGGAGAUGAUGUUAAGGGGUUGGUUGUGAUUCAAGAUAUUUUUCCCUUUGUUAGUGAAUUGGCUGGUAGGUUGUCCAGGGAUUUGACUUCAAGUAUGGAGAUGGUGUUGAGCGUGGGGCCAUUGGUGAGUGAUGUUCGUGAUUUUACUGCGUUUUUGGUCCCUUUACGUAAAGCGAUCUUGGGGCAGGUGGGAAUUACAUGUCCUAUUGCAGUGCCAUUGCCGAAGAGGGGAUAUAACCAUCCGUCUCAUGGGGAUGAGAUUGAGUAUCUUCAUGGUAUAUUUCGCGACCUACUGAUGAGAAUGGAUAAAUGCCUUGGUAAAGUGGAGGAACGUUUAAAUGUGAGAGGUAGUGGGGAUGGUGAAAUUAACUACAAUUUAUGUAUCAUAUGUUUUAAUUAA